AUGCUGUGCACGACGCGGAUGCGGCGUAUCGGGAUGCACAUUCCCAGCGCCAAGGAGCUAGAUGAUCAGGUGCUGAUGAACCGGCUACGCAAGUCUCGACCGAAAAGCGUCUUUUCCCUCAAGGCCCUCACGACAGGCCGCGUGCAAAGCUUCGUCGCCGCUGGCGGUAUCGUUCUUGGCGCGGCCAUGUUUCUCGGCCCGUGGCUGUGGGAGGAGGUGCAGGAGCUGAUGGGCAGCAGAUACGUGCCACUGGCGCCGUCGCAGAUGCCCCACACCUCGCCGGAGUGGUGGGAGAACGAGUGGCGCAAGAUGAACCCGCUCUGGCGGGCUGGCGAGUCGAUGAGCGACUUCUUCGUCGGCCCCUAUCGUUUUGUGAAGGAGCAGACGGGGCGCGACAUGUCUUCUGCAGGAGAUUUUGUACGCACCUCACCAUCAUCUUCGCUGUCAUCGUUUGGCGCGGCUGGGGAGCAGCAGCGUGGCUUGUUGCUUCGACUCAAGAAAGUGCUUUACCGAUCAGCGUCUUCCACUACUUCUACUUGUGUCACUACUGGCUCUAGUGGUGUAGAAGCUGCCAGUAAGGGUGGCGACUCUCGCCGCGCCACCGCUUCGGCCGUGAUGGUGCCCAACCCACCGCUGAUCCUGGUGCCUCUCUGCGGCGACUCCCCGAUCAUGCGCACCGCGGCACUGCAGGGGUUCGAGGUGGAUGCGGUGGACUCCUCGCAGACCGCCAUCCAGACAGCCGUCGGCCGCACCGAGGAGGGCCUGCCGCAGGAGCUCUACUCGAAGAUUCACCUGCAUUGGAAGAACUUCUUUUCCCCAGAGCUGUGGGAGGGACCGCUGAAGGGGAAGAAGUACGACGUCAUCUACGAGCGUCAGGGCAUGACGUCGCUAAACCGGGAGCAGCGGGCCGACUACGCUUAUCUGCUGAAGCGCGCCAUGAAGGACGAUGGCCUGAUCUACGUUGAGGGUAUCUUCCGCACGGGACGGGUGAAGGGUAACAAGUUGAUGGGCCCGCCCUACUCCCUGUCGAAGCGGGAGCUGCAGCAGCUCUUCCCCCUCAGCGAGGGCUAUUAUGUGCGGUGUGAGGAGAAAACGGAUGUGAUGCAGCAACUAAGCCGUGAGAACCGCAUCCUCAAGCGCGUGCCCAAGGAGCUCUAUGUGACUCCGUUCAGCUGCGUCGUGUUUCGUGAGGCCACCGUGAAUCUGAGAACACGGACGGAGCCACUGCAGCACCCCGAGCCUCCGACACUGACUCCCCCACAAGAGGUCUUUGUGUGGUAG